AUGUUGCCGCUACGGACGCUACAUGGCCUCGCUCGGAGCUUCAGGCUGCUGCCUGUGAGAGCCCAGCGCUGUCAGAGUAUGUCCGUGAGGAACAGCAACGCCAUCUACCGCGUCGCUCUCACGGGUGGCCCUUGCGGGGGAAAGAGCUCGAGCCUGGACGCGAUAAGUAUUGAUAUCUACACUGUGCCUGAGGUCCCGACGAUCCUGAUGACCGGAGGAUGCAAGGCCUUGAUCGACCUCCAGAUUCAGAUGGAAGACUCCUUCUACCAGAUCGCACAGACCACAGGUCGAACUUCGGUCAUCGUGAUGGACCGAGGCAUCCUGGAUAUCUCUGCAUAUCUCCCGCCAGAGCAAUGGAAUCGUUUGCUACAAGUCUCGGGUCUUUCGCUCGACAAGCUUCUGACGAGGUAUGACGGAGUUCUUCAUCUUGUGACUGCUGCCGAUGGAGCAGAGGAUUUCUACAAGCAUGGCGAAGCAAGUUUCAUCUUUGCAGAUUCUUCUCAACCUGAAUGA